CUUAUCCCUCUCCGCCGUAAAUCCAACCCCCACACAUCAAAUCCCCAAAAAGACAUCAAAGCAGUACCAGCCCCAGCUCCCCCUAACUCUCCAAUAAAGGAAAUCUCUCCCGAAAGGAUGCAACUAAAUGAAACCCCCUACAUCAGCAUCACCCUCCGGUACACCUUGCAUAAAAAAGCACAGCAAUCCGGGAAAAGAACCCACAUACCUAAGACCAACCACGAAGAACAAAAGCAAAAAAGAAACAACACCACCAACCCAAAGGAGAGAGAGAAAAAAAAGGGUCCAACCCGCGUUUUCAGUGUAUCCAUCCAUCCUAUUUAUCCAUAUCCAACGGGCCCCAAAGCAAAGCCUAAAACCAAGAAUCGAACCUACCCCAACAAAUAAACUUGCCGGAAAGCAAUGAUCUCUCAAACCGGGCCCUUUUCGGCAGGUUAGGAGGGUGGGAGCUACUACCUAGCAAGCUGCCUGGAAAACCUACAGCCAUAACUAGCCUAAAUGGUUCCCGGGUGGUACAAUGGAAUGUUCA